CAAACCGCGUUGAACAGCAGCAGCAAAAGAAAAUAUAUCUGAACAUCUCAGAGUUUGUGAAAUGUGGACAAGCAGUUGACAUCUGGCUUGCGUAGUGCUAUAAAUAGAAUGUACUCAUUUUAGCAUACGUACCAGGCCAAGCGUGUCCACGGGACUGAAUGAAAGCAGGAUUCCACUUCCAACGCCGUGGUGCGCUAAAUGAGAUCACCCUCCCUAUAAGCUCGAGCAAUGGCGGCCUUUGGGAUCACAUCAAAACGAUUUGGCAGCAAUGCGAUUCAGACAGGAUGAUGGCGGCUCCCUGUGUGGCCUUCACGCCCGUGCCGAGCGGAUCUCCGUGUUCGUGUCCGGGAGUAGCCUCUCUCGCCAGGUCAGUGGAGGUCAUGACCUGUAAUGAGGACUCCCGCAUCACUUCCACAACGGCGGAGACGGGACGCGACCUGACCUUGGCGGCCUUACGGGUGACGUCGAAUGACCACGGUCUGCCCACGCUGAGGGUCACCCCGGGGGACCUGGCCUACCUGGCGGAGGGGGCGGACCACAUGGUCGUCAGGCUCCUCGGACUGGGACAAGUCCUCCGACUCCGCAAGACAGACGUCGGCUCGAACACCAGCCGGGAGGACCUGAUCCUCCGGGCGAAGAAGGACGAGGAGUUCUUCAAGAACGUCGCCCGUCCUUUCCUGAGCCCGCUUCUGACCGACGAGUCACAUCUAGUCAUCGUAGAACCCGCGGCGCUCAUGGCCUUCAAGGAGACCGUCGAGGCGCGGAGACCAGAGCGACGUCGGGGUAAGGAGAUCAACAAGUAUGGAGUAGCGUGGAUAUGUCCUGACGCCGCCAGCGCCUUCAGCAAGAGACGCCUUCCCUCUUACAUUUCCCCGGAGUCUCUCGCGCAUCAUCUCGCUAGUCCUGCCCCCUUUGUGUCUUCCCUCCGUGGACGGUCCCCGUCCCCGAGACCUCCUGCGUGUCCCUGGGAGAGUCUCGACGAACGGUGGAAGGACCCUCUUGCCCACGCGGCGCGCCCCGAAGGAGCAGUCUGCAAUCUCAGGGAAUCUCAUCGAGCCUCGAGUACAAAUGGCACGUCCGGCGGCGCCCCGCGAGGCGUCGAGGAGGGCGCGGGGACGGAAGCCUCUAGUCGACGCCCUCGGGAGACCGCAUCUGCCGAGAGGAGCCUUCGCCCGGGGGUCGAAGGGCAGGAUCGCCCGCGGGCCAAGGUCAUCUGCGUGGAGAUCAAGCCCAAGCAAGGCUACAUCGACCACUCUACGCCCGGUCUUCCCAUGUGUGUCUUUUGUAUCAACCAGUAUGUUAAGCCCGAAAAGUGCCGAGACCGAAGCCGUUACUGCCCUCAGGACCUGUUCUCAGGGGAUUUGACGCGGAUGAGACGCGCGGUUGACGCUCUCAUACAGACGCCGCAGACGAAUCUGAAGGUGUUCGUGGACGGGGAAGCCGUUGAGGACAUCAAACAUUAUAGUUACCUGCGUGACGUGAUUAUUUCGGCUCUCACGCACGACUUCGAAUCUCCAGUCGCUCUCUUGCCUCAGGGCGACGACCGAGGAGGAGGAGGAAGAGGAGGCCUCAGCCCUCGCUCUCCCCUCGGCAGGACCUUAGCUUUCCAGAUGCUGGACCAGCUGGGAGUCCUGAGGGCCAAUGCUCUCUACAGACGUCUGGCGAAGGAGAUGGGGAGCGCCAAGGACGCAGAUGCAGCCAUCCACGACCUCAGAUGCUGGACAGGAGACGGCCGAUACUGCCAGCUGGUGGAGCAGUGCGGCCGGUGCUGGCACAGCGGGCAGCCGGCCUCUGGGGACGGGGUGGGCGCGGAGGAGGACGCCGCGGUGAUCGAGGCGUCGGGAGAGAGGGAGGCCGGGGAUGGCGCUGAGGAAGGUGCGGCGUCGAAAUCCGAAGUGAAGGGCGUAGAUUCAGACAAGGUGACUGAACACGGCGAUUAUUGCAACGAUAGAAAAAACAAGACAGCAAGGCAUCACAGGCAGAAUACAGGUAUAGAUGCCACCGAUAUACACAGCUCGGUUGUAAAAAGUAGGCCGAGGAUGAUACCUCCGGAAUUACUGGACAGAUCGCUCCAUGGAUCAAGGGAGGUUCAAGAGAAGGGGAAAGGCGGGGCAGACGACACCGUGGCUGUGACGAGGUCGGAGAUGGUCCGAAGACUGCAGGAAUUCCUCCUGGCUACGACCGCCAAGGACCUGUCGCUGAUGGUUCUGCUGAAUGGCCCUCACACCGGCUCGCCGCCGCCCGCAACCAGUGGCAGCGUCUCGCCCUUCCCCGUGGCACUCGAGGGCGGCGUCUGGUACAUGUGCCAAGUGACCGGGGUCGACCUCAUCGCCAAGCCCCCGAGCAAGAUCAGGAAGCGCGAGCGGGACCACAAGAAGCAGGCGGAGGUGUUGCGAGCCCUGAUAGCGAGGGGCGCCGGCCCUUCCUGCUGCAAACCCUGAAACCUGUGUUCUGUUAUGCAAUUGCUAUUGUUGAUCUGUUGUUUUUUGUGCUGUGAUGGUGAUAUGCAGACGAUAGAGUGAUAAUGAAGUUUCUGAAAGAAAGGAACUUCAGUGUUGUCUCUCAGAGUUGCUGAAGUUCCCCUGUUCAUUAUCAAGCCAUAAUUUAUAUUAUAUAUUUCGUAUAUUUUUAUACGUUUCAUUCAAGUGCCAUCGAUUUCUCUUCUUGCGUUCAUGGUGUACAAGAGCGCACUAAAAGACCGCGGAGGUGUUCAUGGCUCCGAGGAAACCGACCAAGAGAAUGACUACAACGCGAUCAUGUGUAGUUACCAGGUUUCCUUUCGUGCCAAAAACAGCUAGUUCAGUUUAUUAGCUAUCAUUUUAUUAUACAGAUUUUAAACACACACGCACACAUUCUCUCUCUCUCUCUCUCUCUCUCUCUCUCUCUCUCUCU